AUGUCAGCCGCAAUACCUUCUGUCGCCUGCCUCGGCGUCAUCGGGCGCAACCAAGCUGACGAAAUCGCGCCGCAGAACAACCCCCUACACAUCUCCAUCUUCCCUUCCUACGAUCCAACCGCCAACAGCUUCACGCCGAUCCGGAACCCUCUGCAGUUCUCCCUCCUGCUGUCCUCGACAAUCGACGUCUUCGACUUGCGAUCCAAAACCAGCACUGCGUCGGGCGACUUUGGGCUCCUGCACGCCAUCGACGACCGCCUCGCGGCGUACGGCUUCGAGACCAACACGGGCGUGCGGAUGGUCUGCAUAGUGGACAUGCGCGGACGACGCGUCGAGGCGGGAGGGAGCGGCGUCGCAGGGCAGGGCGGCGGCGCGGCGGGAGCUUCGACAGCUUCCUCGACUUCGGCCUCGGCGGCGGCGGCGCGAUCGUCUGUGGGGAGCGUGGGCGCGGGACUGCGGGAUUCGGAGAUCAAGCCGGUGUUUAGGGCGAUGCAGAGCGCGUAUGUGCGGCUGCUGCAGAACCCGUUUUACGAUCCGGACGAGCAUGCGCCGCUGGGGGGGAAGGGUGGGCGGAGGAUCACGAGCAAGAAGUUUGGGGAUGACAUGAAGAGGAUAGGGGAGGCGUGGACGCCGGGAGUGACGACUUUGUGA